AGCUCAGAGCGCUACAGCCAGGCCUCUGUCGCUGGGUCCGCCCACCCCGAUGUACAAAACUGCCCCGGCGCCCAUCUCGUGCUCUUCACACGCCUAUCCCCCCGACUCUGCAACUGACCGUCUUGGAGAAGGAGAGCAACUACGCACAAUUCUUCUUCCUCUUUUUCUAUUUCUUUUACUCUCUAUCACGGUCUUUGUUAUACAUACGCUCGCUACCUUUUCACAAUCACCUAGCCAGCAAUCUACCCAUUGUCUCAUACCGGCACUGUACCCGCCGGCAUCGACAGCAAUCCAUCAGCCACCAGCGCAACCCUGACGAUCUUAUAUCCAAUACUACAGCAAACGAAAACAGAAUAAUAGAACAGAACCAAUCAUGACUGCCGCCGCAUCACAGCAAACAGUAGCAGUUAAAGACGCUACAGCUAUUCGCCGCCGAAGAAAGAGAGCACCCGGAGUGGGCGGUGCUGCCGAUGACUGCUUCACAUGCUCAAAACGCAACGUCAAGUGUGAUCGACGACGACCUUACUGCUCGCAAUGUCUUGAGCUAGGAAACGAAUGCUCUGGUUAUAAAACCCAACUAACUUGGGGUGUCGGUGUCGCCAGCCGUGGCAAGCUGCGCGGCCUCUCUCUUCCUGUCGCCAAAGCGCCUCCCGUUCCCAAGGAACCUAAGAAGCCAGCAGCACGAAGACCUCGAGCAAAUUCUUCCCUCCCUGCCAUCACCACAACUUGGAAUGAUCGCGACCAACUCAGACUGAGCCCUCGAAAUGGCAUUGAUAUCCCAUCUCUCACCCACACCACGCCGUCGCCAUAUCAGACACAAGGGUACGACUAUCUUUCCAUGUCUCAGCCUACACAUGGCGCCCCAUCCAUGGCCCCCAACAGCUGGGGCGGCAUGAGCUACUCUUCCAACAUGGCCCAUUCCCCUAUUGAAACAACUCCCAGAUUCUCCAAGUUCCCUCUCCCUAUUAUCACAGAUGGCCUCUCAUCAUCGGUUGACUCCGUCAGCGAGGUCGACUACUUGUCUCCCCUUAGCCAGGGCUACUCCCGCGACGACAUUCCUCCUUUCAGCCACCACCACUCAUCGCACAUGUUUGAGCACUAUCAUGGACCGCAAAUGUCGCCCGUUGGUCGCAGUCCUCCCCCUACGUUGGUGCUUGAGACCAGCCCAUCCAUGGUGUACGCACCGUCUGAACACAGCUCCAGUCUGCCAUCUCACAUGGAUGCAUUUGACACCCAGAUGCUCCAGCCAAAGGGCAUGCGGGAAUGUGACUCUUUGAGUAUCCCAGAGGUUACUGGUUUUAGCCACAGCUUGAACACCACUAACCCAGCAUGGGGUCCUAACCACUGCAAGGAAGAAGACAUCCAGUCUCCCCUGUCAGAGAAUGGCCAAAGCCCCUGGAAUCUCAUCAGAGAGCCUCGUCAGAUCCGCCUGAACCAAGAGCUAAUCGCCAAAAUGCCCUUCUUCAUGGACUACUACAAGAUGACUAUCGCCCCCGCCAUGGUUUAUCUUGACGACCACUACAACCCAUUCAGAGAUCACAUCAUGCGCCUUGCUGGUGACAGCCAGAGUCUCCAGCAUGCUAUUUGUGCACUUUCUGCUUGCAACUUGCGCAUGAAGAGAAAGCUUAGCCUCGGUCAGGAUACCAGAGAGCUGUAUAACAAGCUCAUCGCUGAGAAGCAAUCGAUGGAGACUCUAGGCGAAUCCCUUCCCCAGGAUCAGUCCUUGGCUGAAGAAAUCCAGCACCGCAACUUGGCUGUUCACCUUCUCAACCAGCAGCUCAACGAUCCCGUCAAGUCUAGCCAUGACUCAGUGUUGGCUACUAUUCUCAUCUUGUGCCACUACCGGAUGGCCGAGUCUGGCAUCGCCAAGUUCCACACUCAAUUUGCUGGAGUCAAAAAGAUCCUCGCUAUGAGACGUCCUCAACACUUUGGUGGUUCCUCCGAAGAUGUUGCUUGGAUGGAAGCCCUGUUUGUUUACUUCGACGCCAUCUCUGCUACUAUCAAUGACCGUGAAGCCCAACUCACGCCCUCUGGAGAAUCACAACUUCUACCCCCUGGUUCGGAGAGCCUCGUGGGAUGCGACCGUGUGUUGUUCAAAACCGUUAGCAAGUUGGGCCGUCUUAACAUGCUGUCUCAGCAUAGACCAGUGGAAAAUAUGGCAGACUCUCUGAAUGACGAGCAGAGUCCAGUCAUGAAGUCACCGAUGCCACCCGCUGCUCGCUUCGACGGUAAUGGAUUCGGCAGCACUCUGAGCGAAGACGAGCUUUUAAUUUCCAGCAUGUCUACCUCGGCAGAGUAUGAUGACAGACGUGCCCUCUUCUGGAAGGAAUGGAAGGAGGCCCGACAAGAACUGCAGAACUGGCACUUUGACGCCGCCUCUGCAGCAAUUACUAUUCGCGGUUCCAAGGUGGGCCAUCUGCGGGAUCUCGAGAAUCUCUCCGAAGCCUUCCGAUAUGCCGCCCUACUUUACACAGAGAGACUCGCCAGCCCAAGCACCCCCUCUAGCAACACAAACUUCCAAAACUUGGUCAGCCAGGUUGUCUUCUACGCCACCAGUCUUGAACAAGACAGUGCCGCCGAGAAGUUCCUGCUCUGGCCACUAUUUGUCGUUGGCUCCGAGUGUGUCAACGAACUUCAACAAAAUAUUAUUCGAUCCAAGUGUAAGGAUAUCAUGGGCCGCUCUGGCUACAUGAAUAACCUGGCUGCUUUGGAUGUCUUGGAGCGUCUCUGGUCUGGAGACUUCCGCAACAACCCUGAACUUGGCCUUUAUGGCCAAGACGGAACAAAACAUGGUGGAAGCAGAGGCCCCUUCAACUGGGGCAAAUGCUUCGGAGGACCCGGAGUCGGUGUUGAAUGGAUCAUGUUUUAAUGAUGGUAUUUCCAAAACAAAAAACCAAAGGCGCAAAGGUUCUGCUUUUUUUUCUUGUUAUAUUUCAAUGUAAUUGAGUGCUGGGACCUGGCUACACUCUACUAUUUAAUGUUGGCGUCAUUCUAUCUGCUACUUUUAUAUACGGAUUUGUUCAUUCGUCACCAAAAACUGCUUGAGCAGCGGUGUUUUCCCCGACUUUUUGUAUGAACUAACACAUUUACGAUUAUACGGCAUAGCGAGCAGGGACAAAAAAACCCUAAAGAUUUACUGGGUAAAAUAUUUUGAAGCAUAUAGACAUAGGAUUAGGAUUGGAAAAUGCAAAACAUAUGAUAUAUUUUGAUAUUAUUUUGGCCUUGCGCGGUAGUUGAGCAGAUUUGUAGAGC